AUGCUGGAGAGUUCACCAGAAGAUGGACAAAAUGAGCUGCCAGGCGAUCGGCCAAAAGAGCAUGUUGAGAACACCGUAUUUCCUUUUCUGCCCGAAAGAGGCGGCUUCGAUCACAUAAGGGCAUACCAAGAGCAGUGUAACUCUGGCGCCUUUUCCUUUGCACCUUCUCCACCGCUUCGAGUGAAGACUUUACCUGAUUUCAAAACUCAUAGGGAGAUUCAAACACACAGGCUCUCUCUUCCAGCAAAUUUGACAAAAAUCAGAUCCACUGGCAAGCUCAGCCAUGUGCAUAGUCUAGACGAGUUCCCCAUUUACGGCUCGAGUGCAAUUGUGGAAGACCAAUACGGCUCAGAAGUCUCUAACUCCGUAACUCCAAACUUCGAAGUUAACCAUGGUCGACAUGACCCUCCUGAGCCCACAGAGCAAGUUGAGCGUCCCGAUCUACCUUCUGGUUUGUUCAUGGACCCAUUCUCUGAAUACAUGCUGGACCGAUUAGCACGCUUCAGGCCACUGGAUGGUCAAAGUGAUCCCAACGCUCCUCUCGAUUUUGCACAUCCAUACCAAGCGAAUGAUGAAACUCCUCGUCAGCCUAUUUGGACAAACUGGUUCUCAGGAGGACGUCAAUCGAGUCAAACAGCUCAGAAUAAUGCACCAGCACCUGCUGGUUCGCCUAUAAUGGAAGAAACUUCGGCGCAAAAUGGAAGUUCUCUUUUCUUGCCGAGAAACAGUCCUGACAUCAUAAACAACGAGCCUUCACCUAAUGCUUUAGUGAACACACCUCGUGCGGAGGCUCUAGAGGAUAUAAAGAUCGCAGACAAUGAAGGUUCAACGUCGAUGUGUGCGUGGUGUCUAUGUUAA